GAAGUGCAAUGCACCCAAACUCAAAUCCUGCCUUUUGGGUUUGUCUCGGCCGCCCGACGUCACUUCCGCCGAAGACGUCUCCGUUUCCGUGUUUGGCCUGUGGUCGCCAUAGCAACGAACCGCCAGCCCGCCACGAGCACGCGCGUCGGCCUUGGCGUCCGACAUCAAAGUGAGUCAUAAAGUGAAUGUCGGAUGAAUAUUUUUCAUCCGAGCGCAUCCCUUUGGCUCGCUUCCACGUCGCUGACGUCACCGUCUUCAAAUUCUCGCUUUUAUGGUGACACAAAAUUGGCGCUUCGGAAGCUUUUUUCCAUCGGCGGGCUCCGACCAUGACGUCACCGGAAGUGGGCGGGGACAGAGUGUCCGAGAGCGACCGCAAACCGGCGCUGAUCGAGCUAGGUUCCGAGGGUCCACCUUUGACGGCGGGAGCCGGGAGCAGGUUCCGUGGAGACGGCGGCGUGGCUGCAGCGCUGUCUCGGUGGAGGGUCCAAUCCCGACAGGAAGUCCCGCCCCCCCGACGCCUCCCGGCCCCCAACUUUGUGACCCUGAACCAGGAAGCGGUGAAGUCGGGUCACGUGACCGCCAAACAACUGAGAGAGUACAGAGAACGGAUGGGUGCGGUCAAGCACAGCCCCGCCCCCAGAGCGCACAGAGGCGGAGCUUCUCAGCGCCCGCAAGUUCCAGACAUAACCUUCGGAGUUAAGAACAGGGCGCCGUCUCCGCUCUUCGACAUUCUGUCCCACGAGUACGCCCGCCGCUGGACGCAGGAAAACCUGAAAAGUCGCAGCGAGCACGAGCGGCGCAACGCGGUCAAGUGUUUGUCGUUUGCGCACACGCGCACUUCUUUGCUGCGCACCAACACGGCGCUCCCUCACAUAAACACGCACACGCGUGCGCGCUACGCACAGGUGGGCCCCGCUCUGGAUACCUUCAGGAAGCGUCGUACCGGUCAUCAGGUCAAGUUAACCAGUUAAAAGGGUCGACGAGAUAAGGGCUCAAUUUAACCAGUGAUGUGUGUGUGUGAAUAAGAAAAUAAAAGUUUGUGAAAAGCUUCCCCCGGCGUCAGUCCCGGGCCGACUCAUUGACAAAUGUCAUUCGCCUCGCCAAUUAAUAGCGAGCGACGUCAUGCGCGCCCAUAUUUGACGAUAAUGUUUGCCUGCAAUCCAUCGGCUUCAUCGUAAUCGCUGGCGCCGCUCAAUCGCGUUAACGUCA